AUGGAUCUGAACCGGGCAGCCCUGCAUGAAUUCAUCAUGCAGCCGGUGUCGCGGCAGAUGGUUGCGCACUUGGCCGAACAGGCCUCACAGGUCAUCCGCUGCGAAGCGCAUGUGACGGCACAACAAGCCCACGGACAGCCGACACCUCCCAGCACACCUCCCAUGGAUGCGACUCUACCACCACUCCCCUCAGUAGAGACGUUCAUUGCUUCCCUGGUUGCUCGAUCACAGGUUCAGGUGCCCACCUUGAUGACCUCGCUAGUCUACCUGGCGCGACUGCGUUCCCGCUUGCCUCCAGUAGCCAAGGGCAUGCGUUGUACCGUCCAUCGCAUCUUCCUCGCUUCGCUCAUCCUUGCAGCCAAGAACCUGAACGACUCGAGUCCCAAGAACAAGCACUGGGCCCGGUACACGGCGGUCAAGGGCUACGACGGAUUCGCGUUCCCUCUGCCCGAGGUCAACCUCAUGGAGCGCCAGCUGCUGUUCCUGCUUGACUGGGACACUCGCGUCACUGAAGCCGACCUGCUGCAGCACCUAGAGCCAUUCCUGGCCCCGAUCCGCAGUCGCUACCAGCAGCAGCAACAGCAACAGCGAGAAGUGGAGCGUCGCCAAUCCCGAGAUUGGCGUCGCUUCCACUCCUCCACGGAUCUCCUGACUUCCCGCCUGCGCCGUCAGAAAUUGGAUGCCCGUCGACAAGUGGUGGAUGCCGCCUAUCAGCAACCCGAACGACGGAUGAUGGCAGCCAGCCCGGCCUCAUCUGUGUCUUUGUCAUCCAUGUCUUCUGCGUCGUCCGUCUCAAGCUCAAGCUCAAGCUCAAGCGCACAAAGCGCAUCUCCCGCCCCCUCGCUAAUUGAUGCUGCGGCCGAUCGUUAUCACCCAUACCCGACUGGCCGCCGGCGUCCUACAUCCCGCGGUCGGAUGUCGGGCUCUCCUCCGGGCGCGCAGGAUGUGCCCGGAAUGUCACGAGCCGAUACUGCAACUUCCUUGAGCUCGCGGGCAUCCAGCCUGUCCUCCAGCUCGCGCGCUGUCACUCCGGCGAGUCUCCGAAACUCCAGCUCGAUCACCAGCUUUGACGAGGCCUUGCCCGUGCGCGUGGUGGACGGUGGUCGCAGCCCCUCAUCAUUUAUUGGCGGUGGCUUGCCACUGGAGGAGUGUCUGCCGCCCGCGCAGCCCAGCAAGAAGAUGCGUCUCGGUUAUUCUGGACACGCAGCUCAUCCCCACGGCCCCGCCCACCCGGUCGCCGCUGGCGGUCAUGGGUUCGUGGCGCGCUUUCUCGCCACGGCCGCGGGGUCGUACAUGGGCGGUCGUCGACACUAA